UCUCUCUUUUUUUUUUUCUUUUUUUUGGUCUUCUCCAAUGCGUACUGCUUCAGCAUUGCUUGUUGCUCUGCUUGCGCUGCUCGGCGUCGCUGCCGUUGCCCGCGCGGACAUUCCCGUCCACUGCCUCUACGACCAGAUUGUCGGCACUUGGCGCUUUGACAUGGGCGCCAACAAUGGCGACAACUCGCUCGUCUGCAACGACGACACGUUCAAUCCAGUCAAGUCGCUCCACCUGCGCUUUGCAGAGCCCAACAUUGUCUACAACUCGUCUGGCAUCCAGGUUGCGGACUGGACCAUGAUCUACGACGAGGGCAUCAGCGUCCGAAUGAUGGACGGUGCAAAGUUCACCCAGCUCUUCUUUGCCUUCUUCCCGUACACGGUCGACCCGAUCAGCGGCAACGUCACGUCCUUCUGCAACGAGACCGUCCUCAGCACCUACCACGACGCUCCCUACGGCUCGGGCCAGCUCCCGCUCGGCUGGGGCUGCUUCAAGGGCUACAAGGCUUCGUACUUUACCGAGCAGGAGGCUGCCAACACUGUUUCCCCCGUCACCACCUACGCUCCCAAGCCCCAGGCUGCUUCUCCCGACGCCAUCUUCCAUGCCGACCACGAAUACAUUGCUCGCCUCAACGCUGCCCAGAACCUGUGGACUGCUGGUCCCAACCCUGCCCUUGUUGGUCGCCCGAUGCGCGAGGUCCAGGCCAUGGCUGGCCGCAAGCUCAAGACCAGCGUCGAGGCUCACCUGCCCCCGGCCAAGCUGCGCACUGCCGCCAAGGCUUCUGCCGACGCAUUCGCUGCUUACCCCGCCGAGCUGAACUGGCGCAACGUGUCUGGCAUUGACUACGUCGGCCCCAUGCGUGACCAGCUUAGCUGCGGCAGCUGCUAUGCCUUCUCCGGCACUGAGAUGCUCCAGGCUCGCAUUCGUGUCAAGAGCCAGAACAAGCUUACUCCUCUCCUGUCGCCCCAGCGCGUUGUUUCGUGCUCGGCUUACAGCCAGGGCUGCGAUGGCGGUUUCGAGUACCUCGUUUCCAAGUUUGGCCAAGAUUAUGGCUUUGUUGACGAAAGCUGCUUCCCGUACCAGAGCGGUCUGAUCCCCGAGGUUCCCUGCUCGGCCGGCUGCGCUCUCCCCCGCCUCUACACUGUCGAUGAUUUCAACUAUGUCGGUGGCUACUAUGGCAACUGCAGCGAGCUUGGUAUGAUUGACCACCUCGUCAACUAUGGUCCUCUCUCGGUCAGCUUCCUCGUUCUUGACAGCUUCAUGACCUACCGCUCUGGCGUUUACACUUGCGACACCACUCCCGGCACCGUUGGCUUCAACCCGUUCGAGACUGUUUCGCACGCCGUGCUGCUGAUCGGAUAUGGCGUUGAUCCCACUACCAACACCAAGUACUGGCGUGUUGCCAACUCUUGGGGCCGCCACUCGACCGACUAUGGCGGUGAUUUCCUCAUUCGCCGCGGCACUGACGAGUGCGCCAUUGAGUCGGCUGCCAGCUGGGCCACUCCCUCCCUGAACAUUUAAAUCUAGGUGUUGGUCAACACAAGAAAUGUGUGAGGUGCUCCUGGUUGUCCUAUCUCAUGCUUUCGCCUUUGUGUUCACUUGACAACACCACCAAUAAAAGACUGGGAAUGUUCAACACA